AUGGAUGUACCAUCUUACAUAACCAUUGGAGGCUGGUUCAUUCAAGUGAUCUUCGACAAGUACCUCUCCUCCAGGCUUCUGGCAUGGGCAACCAACUCCGGCAUAGGUGACGACCUCGAAAAGCUCCGGAUCGCCAUGUUGAGAAUCCAAUCACUGCUCAGCUGCACGGAGAAGACCAGCUCCAACGGCUUUGUUAGGUGGAUGAAGGAGCUUAGGAAUGUUGUUUAUGAUGCCGAAGACCUCCUUGAUGAGCUUGAGUAUAGGCGCCUUCGGCAGCAGCUGGAAGGUGAGACAAGCAGCCCGGUGAGUGCUUUUCUUGCUUCAAAUUUGGAGGCAGCAAGGGAUGCAGCAAACCGAGCGGGUGGUUUUCUGUCUUCAAAUUUGUUUAAUUCCUCAGAAGGUGACAAUGCUAUGAAAACUAAGCAUGGCAAUUCCAGGCCCUUGAACACUCCGGAACUGACAUGGGAUAGAGCUACCAAAGCUAGUAUUCAAACGAUAACCGAAAGGUUGAAUCAAGCAAGUUCUGGUGUGAGCGAAACACUGACACUCUUUAAGUUGGAGCACUGCAAUGGUCUGACUCAAAGAACUGAAAAAGGCACAACUAGCUCUGUGAGCAGUACAAAAGUGUUUGGUCGACAGAACAAUGCAAAGAAUUUAGUUGAACUGUUGUUGAGACUCGAUGACGUGCAAGUCUCAAUUCUUCCUAUAGUUGGCAUGGGAGGGAUUGGCAAAACCACACUUGCUCAACUUGUUUAUAGCAAUCCCAAAAUAGUAGAGCACUUUGAGUUAAGGAUGUGGGUGCAUGUUUCUAGUAGCUUCAGCGAUAUGGAAUUCACAAGAGAGAUCUUAGAAUGCGCAUCUGAUGACAAACACGAAUUCGACGGUGUAAAGAACUUUGACAGGCUACAAUCAGCAAUCAAGGAGAAGUUAAUGCGAAAGAGGUAUCUGUUAGUGUUAGAUGAUGUGUGGAAUCAAGAGAAUAGUAGUAAGUUAUCAGUGAUGGAAAGAUGGGCCAAACUUUUAGCACCAUUGAAAGCUGGCAAAAAUGGAAGCAAGAUCCUAAUGACCACACGAUCUAGAGUGGUAUCAGAGAUGUUAACUGCAAGGAACUCGAUAAAUUUGAAAGGUCUGAGUGAUCAAGAUUGCUGGUCCUUGAUCAAGGAGAUCACAUUUUCUGGUGCAAAUCCUGUGGAGGAACUCAAACUUGAGGAGAUUGGCCAGAAAAUAGCUCAAAGGGCGAAGGGAUCGCCUUUAGCAGCAAAGGCAGCAGCAAUAAUACUGAAAAAUAAGCAAAAUGCUGAAGAAUGGAAGAUGAUGCUGGAAGGAAAGAAUUUAUACAGCGAUAUCAUACCCAUUAUGAAACCAAGUUACGAUAACUUACCUGCUCAUCUGCAGCGGUGCUUUGCAUAUUGCAGCAUAUUUCCUAAAUGCUGGAAGUUUUCUGAUGAUUUGAUUCACCUCUGGAUGGCACAAGGGUACAUCCAACCCAAAAGCAAGGAUGCCAGGAUGCAAGAAAUUGGACAGGACUACAUGGAUGAACUGGUUUGCAGAUCAUUUUUCGAAGUGGAGAAGAAGGAAUUUGUCACCCACUAUGUCAUACCUGAUCUAUUGCAUGAGAUGGCAUGUGCUAUUUGCAAGGACGAAUGCAUCAGAGUCGAAGAUAAUGAACCCACAAAUAUUCCACCAUCAAUCCGUCACCUGUUCAUCAAGUCUGAACAAUUUGCAGCCGUCACAGAUGUGUACCAGUUUCAUAACCUGCGGACACUCAUCUGCUGCAGUGAAAUCCAGUCUAAUGUUCGUAAUGUUCUUGAAGAUGUUCUUAAGAACUUGAAAAGCAUUCGGGUACUGGAUUUAUCAAAUUGCAAGAUGGAUGAUUUGCCAGAAGCUAUAUGCCACUGUAUACAUUUACGCUACCUGAAUCUUUCAGCAACUUCUAUUCGACAACUUCCUGAAUCACUCUGCAGGCUCUACCACCUACAGGUGCUGAAUUUGCUUGGAUGCAGCCUUCUUAGUUUACCUUCAUGUAUGAACAGGCUGGUAAAUUUGAGGCAUCUUGCUGCUGCUCAUCAAUUAGUUUCCGAUAUAGCAGAAAUUGGGAGAUUGAUAUGCCUUCAGAGACUAGAAGUUUUCAGAGUCAGAUAUGAAAUUGGAUACAAAAUAGAAGAACUGAAGGACUUGAAUGAGCUUCAAAAAUCACUUCAUAUAAGGAAUCUAGAGAAUGUUCAGGGCAAGAAUGAGGCAAGUGAGGCCAUGUUACACAUGAAAGGUCAUCUUAGUGGGUUGCAGUUACAUUGGCUACCUUCGCAGAGGAAUCACAUGGUGGAUGCUGAAGUUCUUGAAGGCCUUCGACCUCAUCAAAACCUGAAAAGGCUGGAAAUCAUUGGUUGCAGAGGAAACAUGUAUCCUACCUGGCUAGAGACUGAAUGGCUCACCAAUCUUGAGAUCAUUUAUUUAAGUGGCAAUGAGAAUUGGGGGUGUCUCCCCCCACUAGCACAGUUGCCUUCACUGAAAGUGCUCUGGAUACAAGGACUGCACUCGGUAAAGCGGAUCGGCACAGAGCUCUUUGGAACUGAUGAGAAGGCACUUAAAUGGUUGGAAGAGUUGGUACUUGAUGACAUGCCACAACUUGAGUGUUUGGAGGGAAGACAAAUGUUUCCACAUCUAAAGAGUGUCGUGAUCAAGGAUUGUAACAAGCUCAAGACAUUACCACCCUUACCUUCCAGUCUUACUGAGCUGACUGUUCUGAAUCAAGGUUUCUGGUUACCUUACUAUGACGAUAUGAGGAUGGGAAAGUCUCCAUCAGUAGUUUCAUCACUGUGCAUUUACAAUUGCUCUUUGCUCAUUGCUGAAUUCAGUGUUCUACUACUGCAAGAAACAUUGUCAUCACUGCGAACUCUUUGUAUUGGUGAUCUAUCAUUGCUCACAGGACUAAUUAUACGAAAAAACUUAGCUCGUCUUCAAAAUCUAGACAUCCAAAAUUGCCUCGAGAUAACUUUGUUGACGAUUGAACAAGAAAAAGCGUUCGAGAAUCUCACUGCCCUUAAAAGCCUGUGCUUCAGUGGCUGUGCCAAUCUGCAGUACCUCCCAGAGUUAAGAGGCCUUCACUCACUUGAGAAGUUAAUCAUCUUAAAUUGUCCCUUGAUUCAGUCGCUGCCGAAGAAGGGACUGCCUUCUUUGCUGAAAGUGUUGGAAAUCGACUCAUGCCAUCCAUUGCUGAAGGAGGGUUUCAGAAACAAUUGUGCUGACUAUUGGUUAAGUAUCAAGCAUGUCCCCCGAGUCGAGAUUGAUGGAGAGAUGAUUCAGGAAAAUGCUAGUGGAAAUUAA